AUGGAAGGUGAGGGUAAGAAGGUGCAUUCCGCUAGUGAUACCAGAUAUCAGUCUGUCGAGGAUGGGGAUGAUGAGGAGGAGAGGCCGAUGUGUCCUGUGUUCAAGGAGAUUGGGGAGUGGUUCGGUGGGUUCGAUUUGGUGAUGAUUCUUAUUGGAGGGUUAAUGAGAGCUCACGGUGCGCAAUAUUGGUACUCGGAACUCAGGACUCGAAGCUCGAACGUGGUGGGCAAAAGCAAGGGUCUAUUUCCCAAGGGGAUGGCCGCACACGUUCUCUUGCGUCGCCAGGGCCCCGCUAUGACAUCCGGGAAUGGAGAGUACGCUGCCGCCCUCAGCGUGGAUGAACGGGUCGUCAAUCCGUUAUCAUCUCGAUCCCCAGCGCAGUCCGAGGUGGUUACAGCCGUCGCAGUCUCAUCCUCGCGUCCGGUGUGUACAGUAGAGGUAGAUGUUCAGCAUGAAGAUGGGGAUAAGAAAGAGCACAUAAGAAUUUCAACUGUGAAGUCUCUGUCGUCAUUGAGGAGAGCCCCAUUCAUGAGAGAAGGAAGGAAAGCACAAGGAACCGGAAAAGGAAGGACGCGUCAGCAUGCCUCGUGGCAUCAAUUCCACGAGCACGGCAACGCGUACUGCCACAUCGUCAGUCCGAGCAUGCGUUGUGAGUACUGGACGUUCGAUGUUGGCUUUGACUCGGACGAAGCGUUCGAAAAAUAA